AUGGAGCCACAGGCGGGCACCACGCAGGAGCACCCGGCGGGAACAGAGGCGCCCAAGAGGCAGAAGCCCCCCAACACAACCCUGCAGCGCCUGGCUGUCCAGCUGCUGCCAGCCUCAUGCAGCCGGUUCCUCUGGAGCCCACCAGACCAGCACCGCUGCAGCAAGCUGCUCCUGGGUGCUGGCACCGGCAGCCUCCUUGGCCUUGGGCUCUGCCAGCUCCUCAUCGUGCCCAUGAACAUCCCAGAGGCGCGCAAGGUGCAGCUGAUGUGCGGGCUGGCAGGAGCCACCGCCCUGGGCUGGGCCACGUCGCCACACUUCCGCUGCGCCAGCCUGCUCGUGGCCCCCAAGUUCGUGGGCAAGGAGGGCCGGGUCUACGCGCUCUCCUACGCCCUCGCCGCCAUCUACAAUGGGCCUGUGGCCAACGUGCGGCACAACCUGGACGAGGUGAUUCGCUCGGUGGGCUGCGUCACGGAGCUGCAGGUCAACCACAGCCGCCAGCUCUGGCAGGUGUCGAUGGCCCCGCUGCGCGCCAUGAUGGAGGACAUGCUGCGGAGCGGGCGGACGCUCAACGCCGAGACGCAGAACAUCUCACGUGCCUUCGUGGGGCUCAAUGAGGAGGUGGCCAGCGAGGCAGGCUACGAGCUGCGCCAGGGCCGGCACGCAGCCCCCCCGCAAGCCCUCAGCACCCAGAAGCUGUAUGAGAUGAAGACCAAACUGCGCUGCAAAUAUGUGAUCGACUUGGCCAUGCAGCGGUGCAGGGACUGGUUCAGCACGAAGCACCAGGCCUGCAUGGAGCAGAUCGUUGUGCCCCUCAUCAGCCACCUCCUCUGCCUGCCCAUGAAGUUCAAGUUCCUCUGCCACAUCGUCAAGGUCAUGCAUGCCUGGUGCUGGGAAAAGAUCCCUGUGGAGGGCAACUUUGGGAAGAUGUACGACAUGGUGAAUGGAUCUGUCAACAACCUCAGCCAGGACUUCAGUGCCCAGAUGGUCUUCCAGGAGGAGCACCGUGAUAUGCUGCUCGGCGCCAACGUCUCGCGGGAGCAGCUCGUGGAGGAGGUGGCCUCGCACGUACGGCAGCAUAGCGCCCAGCUGGGCAGGGCUGUCUCCUUCUUCCGCCUGCUGCUCUCCUGCACCUUCCUCCUUGUCUUCUUCUCGGCCUUCUCCUACACUAAGCGCUACAACCAGGACUUCUCCUUUGACAACGUCUACAUCACCACCUACUUCCGCCAAAUUGACGCCCGCCGCAGGAAGCAGAACAAGCGGACGCUGCUGCCGCUGCGCCGCGCAGAGGUCUCCGCUGUGAUCUUCCCCAGCCGUGUGGCCAUGCAGCCACCAGAGCUGCAGAACAUGGUGGUGGAGCUGCUGGAAUGCAUCCCGCCCCUGCUGUUCCUGCUCCUCACCUGGGGGCUGGACCGUGUGCUCUUCACCAUGCUCAGCAUCAUCCGGCAGCACUCCUUCGUGCAGUACUCCUUCCGCAGCAGCCACCACCUGGAGGUCCAGGUUAUGGGCACCUCGCUGAUGGCUCGGCUCCUGCGAAGCACCAUCGGCGCCUUGAACACAUCCUCCUACACGGAACUAGAGUCGUCCAACUUUGCCUGCCUGCCACAGCCCCAGGGCAUGACGACCGACGACUACCUGGCCAGCGGCCUGCCGCUGGGCGUGCUGGCGCUGCUGUGCCUGGCCCAGGUCUACACGUACCGCCUGCGCCGCGUCAUCGCCGCCUUCUACUUCCCCAAGCGCGAGAAGAGGCGCGUGCUCUUCCUCUACAACAAGCUGCUGCGCCGGCGGCAAUGCUUCGUUGAGCUGCAGCGGCGGCGCGUCGCCCGUCGGGCACGCCAGCGCUGGGCCCUGGGGAUGGCCCUGCUGGAGCGGUGCUGCCUGCGCUGGCCACGCCUGCGCAGGUUCCUGCGCCGGCGCUGCGUGGUGUGCGGGGAGCCCGAGGCGCCACGGAGCCGGCUCUGCCCGGUGCCCACCUGCAGCUCCAUGUACUGCGGGCCGUGCUGGAGGGACGUGGGAUACGCGUGCCUGGCCUGCAGCCCCGGCGACCCCGGCCUCUCGGAGGAGAGCAGCGAUGAGCACGUGGUGUACGUGGCCUGA